AUGUACUGUGACGUUAAUAACCAGCUAUAUUUUAUUUUUUUAAAACCAAUUUUAUCAGAAGCUCAACACAUCAACAAACUAUUUCAAUCAAAUACUGCAGAUCGCACCAAGCUCCUAGAUGAUCUAGUUUUAUGUAUUGGAGGGUUAGCCCGUAAAGUGGUUACACCCGAUUGUAGGGCAAACCUUUUAGAAGUAAUUAUUAAAGAUUAUUUACAUCCACGCCCAUAUCUUGGAUCUGAAUUUGAAGAGAAAUGCAGAUCAUUAAAAAUUAGGCCAGAAGCAGAAAAUAUACUCCGUGGUACAAUGAUAAAUUUUAUUAUUAACUUGGUAACUGAACUUCAAAAAGGCUUCCAGAUAAUAUAA